GGAGCAUCCAGCGGGCUCAUCAGUCGGCAGUUCCACUCCUGCUCCAGCAUCCUCCUCCUCCGCUUGUUGUUAUUCUCGCUCCGCAAACACGCUCGGGACCACCGCGGAUAUGCUGUGCCUUCUCGUCCCGCCGCUGCUGCUGCUGCUGCUGGCGGCUCCAUCCCUCCAGGGCGACGUGAAGAGCGUGAAAGAGGCGGAAAAAACGGGGAAUUUCAUGGAGGACGAGCAGUGGCUGUCCACCAUUUCACAGUACACCCGCAAGAUGAAGCACUGGAACCGCUUCAGAGACGAUGAUUAUGUCCGUACCUGGGACGAGAAUCAGGAUUCCAAUGACAAUGUGGACACCACCAAGGAUCCUUGUCAGAAGGUCAAGUGCAGUCGACACAAAGUGUGCAUUGCCCAAGGCUACCAGAGAGCAGUGUGCAUCAACCGCAGAAAACUGGAGCACAGACUCAAGCAGCCUGUUCUCAGGUCGUCUGAUGGAAGUUGUCAGCCAUGUCCCAUCUCCUCUACUGGACCUGUGUGUGGUUCAGAUGGACACAACUAUGCUUCAAAGUGCAAGUUGGAGCAGCAAGCGUGUCUCACUGGAAAGACUCUCACCCUCAAAUGUUCAGGUCUGUGUCCUUGUCCGACGGCGGCCACUGCGUCCAAGGAGAGUAAACACGAUAGCUGUACAGGACAGGAUCUGGCUGAUCUUGGGGAGCGGCUGAGGGACUGGUUCCAGCUCCUGCAGAGUAACGCCAAGCAGAACAACAACACUAAAGCUGGAGCCCGGAGCACCACAGUCUACACCACAUCAGUGCUGGAUCGCAGCCUGGUGGCAAGUUGCAAGGACUCCAUCGGCUGGAUGUUUUCCAAGCUGGACACCAACAAUGACCUGUACCUGGACCAAGCUGAGCUGGCCGCCAUCAACCUGGACAAGUACGAGAUCUGCAUCCGCCCCUUCUUCAACUCCUGCGACUCGUACAGGGACGGCAAGGUGUCCACAGCGGAGUGGUGCCUGUGCUUCUGGAGAGAGAAGCCGCCCUGCCUGGCUGAACUUGAGAGGAUCCAAGUGCUCGAUGGCGGUAAAAGAAAGUUUGGUCGGUUCAUCCCAAACUGCGACGAGGACGGCUACUACAGGAAGCAGCAGUGCGACCGGGGCGAGUGCUGGUGCGUCGAUCAAAAUGGAGGAGAGGUAGCCGGCUCCCGGAUUCUCGGCAAACCAGAUUGCGAUGAGGAACCGUCGUAUUCGGGCGAUCCAGGAAGUGGAGUCGGAUGGGAAGACGAGGAGGAGAAAGGAGCUGAGGAGACUGGAGAGGAGGCUGAAGAGGAGGAGGGAGAGGUGGGGGAGGUGGAUGAUGGGGGCUAUAUCUGGUAGAGCCAAAAUGUAGUGCAAACUUUCUACAACAGCAUUGUGAUGGUUUUACACACACACACACACACACACACACACACACAUACACACACAGGCAAGAUUGUGCAAAAAGGGUUGGACGUCAUUGACCUCUUUAAGGAAGAACACUGGUGAAACAGUGAAAGGCUUGGGAAAAGGUCUGCCGUUCCAAAUGGGCUGGGUGGUGCAACAUCUGUCAUCAAGAGGUGUAAAGUCGACCAUUUUUGUUUGUCAUACUUGUGAAUCUUUCCUCUAUUUUGUUGUUUGUCCUUGAUCUGUUACUUCCAGCAGAAUAACGGAGACUUGUCAGCAGCGGCUCUCGUGUGAAAAAAGAUCAACUUUUAUAUGUACUUUAUGUAAAUUAACAUCUCCAUCAAGUGUGAUCUACUGAAGUGUAGCCACUUCAUGUCAUGUUGCUUGAGCUCGUGUGGUAGUUCUCUGUCCAAGUCAUGAUGUCAUAAACUCACUAUUUAGCUUGUAAAUAACGUGUAUCCAAAAAAAAAAAAAAGCAAAAAAAACAGUAGUCUUGUCAUCAAAACCAUUGAGGACUAGCAGAGCUCCUAUCAAAGUGUGGAUCAAUUAUUGUGUUUAAUUAAAUCAAAUGAAUUUAAAUAAACUGGUCCAUGUGGCCGCGCUGGUCACCGUAUACCUUGCGU